AUGAAUCAAAUUUCCCAAAACAUCCUGGUUUAAAAACUAAUUGAUUAUAAACUAAGGUAAAGUAGAUUUAAAUAAUUUAUAGAAAGAACAAAAACAAGAGAAAAUCGAGUCCUUAGUUUUCACCCCCGAAGAUGCCAAUUUCUUAGAGAUAGACAUCAUUUUCAAAUGGUCAUGCAUAUUCGAUUCAUUAAAAAUUGAAAUCAAUUCAAAGUGAAGAGAAAGUAUUCAUUCCUCAGGCUAUACCACAGUCCCUGAUUUACUUGAUCUAUUAAGUCAAAUGUUCCAAAUAAUAUAAUCAUAUGAACAAUAGGCAAGCCAUCUCUGGUCCAAAAAUCUUGAGAUGUUGAAGCAAAUCAAGAUUCCUAUCCUGUAAGAAAAUGAAGAUUUGAAAUAAACUCUAGAAACUUUAAAAUAAAAUGAUAUUCAAAAUAGUGUGUAUGGUCAAUUGAAAGAGUACGAUCAAGUUUAAAAGCCAAAGCCUAAACUCAUUGAUUUAAAAUAUAUUAAUAGAGAUUCAAACUUUUAAGAAGAAUUCUUAUCGAAAGUAAACGAAUUUAGUCUAUCCUGGCGACAAGAAGUACAAUAGCUAAAAUAAUUAUGA